AUGCCGCCACGCUCCGGUUUCCGCGGUCUUUCCCACAAGAGUCCCACGUGUUUCCCUCCCUCGGUGCCGGCAGCACAGGCGGUCCCGGCCGGGAGCGAAACUGGCUGUUCCGGCUGCUCAGGCCCGGCCUCUUCGUCAUCCCGGGGCUGCUCCCGAACCGGGGCAUUUCCUGGAGCCGAGCUGGUCCGACUCGGCCCGGAGGGGGCUGGCUGUGUCUCGGUGCAUUCCCAGGUAACGUCGUGUGCGUCCUCCAGGGACACGGUGCAUCGUAGACGGGCAGAGUCAGGGCCUCCGGGACGUCCGGGCUCGGGGUCUCUCCUGAGUCCGCACAGCUGGCUCCAGCCCCUCCAGUCCCUGCUCCCCGGGCUCCCCGUCCUUUCCCGGGGCUACUUCAGGGCAGGACUUUGGUGGGGCAGUGCGGGGCAUGCGCAGUCAGCUAAUGGAGAGAAACUUUGUGAAUGUAAAGAUUGUGGGAACCCCAACUGUUGUUCCUCAUCCCUUACUAAACGUGAACUAACUCACAGUGGUGAGAGGCCUUCUGAAUGUACAGAAUGUGGGAAAGGCUUUAGUCAUCCCUCAGCCCUCACUAAACAUGUAAGGACUCAUCUUGGAGAGAAACCUCACGAAUGUAAGAAAUGUGGAAAAGCCUUUACUCGGUCCUAUACUCUUACUGAACAUAUAAGAUCUCACAAUGGAGAGAAGCCUCAUGAAUGUAAGGUAUGUGGGAAAGCUUUUACUCGGUUCUACAGCCUCACUGAACAUAUAAGAUCUCACAGUGGAGAGAAACCUUAUGAAUGUAAGGAAUGUGGGAAAGCCUUUAGGUAUUCCUCAAACCUGACUGAACAUUUAAGGUCCCACAGUGGAGUAAAGCCAUAUGGAUGUAAGGAAUGUGGGAAAGCCUUUCAGCUUCACACACAGCUCACUCAACAUAAAAGAACACACAGUGGAGAGAAACCUUAUAAGUGUAAGGAAUGUGGGAAAGCCUUCAAUCAGUCCUCAGGCCUCAGUGCUCAUAAAAAAACACACAGUGGAGAGAAGCCUUAUCAGUGUAACGACUGUGGGAAAGCUUUUCGUCACUCUACAACUCUCAUUGUACACACACGAUCUCACAGUGGAGAGAGGCCGUAUGAAUGUAAGGAAUGUGGGAAAGCCUUUAGUCGGUCCUCAAUCCUCAGUGCACAUAUAAGAUCUCACCUUGGAGAAAGACCCUAUGAAUGUGAGGAAUGUGGGAAAGCGUUUAGUCACUCCUCAACCCUCAAUACACAUAAAAGGUCUCACAGUGGAGAGAGGCCUUAUGAGUGUAAAGAAUGUGGGAAAGCCUUUACUCACUCUUCUACCCUCAAUGUACACAUAAGAUACCACAGUGGAGAGAGGCCAUAUGACUGUAAGGAAUGUGGGAAAGCCUUUAUUCAGUCCUCACACCUCACCGUACAUAAAAAAAAACACACCGGAGACAGGCCUUAUAAAUGUAAUGAAUGUGGGAAAGACUUUAUUCAGUCCUCACACCUCACGGCACAUACAAAAUCUCAUAGUGGAGGGAGGCCUUAUUAA